AUGGAAAGAAUAAUGGAUGCAAGGAAUGUUAUAAUAAACUCUUCUACAAAAGAAUUAUAUGUUAAUGUUGUUAUACAUUUUAUUAAGAUUGUAUUUUCUAAUUUUUCCCGUUUUAAUAAAAAAAAUAUUGUCUGUUUUAAAGGAAUGAGCCAAGCAAAAUCCUCUGAUCCUAUUGCUUCAUCUACUCAAUCUGAUCUUAUUAGCAGCACCAGCCAGGGUGAAACAGUUCAACCUCCACCUCCAUUGGUACAAAGUAAUGAAGUAAACAAUGAUGAAGAAAAUGCUAAUAAGAAAAGGAAAGUUGGAGAAGCUUCAACAUUAACCAUAUCCAACGAUCCUAAUGUUGCAUCUGGAGACUCAGGUAAUAGAAAACCUAUUAAACCUAGAUCUUGGACUUGGGAACAUUUUACAAAAAUAGGAUCAAGAGCUAAGUGUAAAUGGUGUGAUGUAUCAUAUGCUGCUGAUUCACAAAAAAAUGGCACAAGUAAUUUGAAACACCAUUUGUUGCACCAAUGUAAGAAGUUUCCCAAAGAGUCUCUUGAUCCCACUCAAAAGACUCUUGUUCUUCAACAAUUGAAAAAAGAAGAUGGAAACGGAUAUGGUAGUGUUCUCACUAGUGUCCAUUUUGAUGCCGAGACAUGUAGGAAAGCUUUAGCUAGGAUGAUAAUUAUUGAUGAGUUGCCUUUUAAGUUUGUUGAGGGAGGGGGAUUUCUUCAUUUUAUGAGUGUUGUGCAACCUAAAAUCUCAAUUCCUUCAAGGAUUAAAAUUGCUAGAGAUUGUUGGAAUUUGUACACGAGUGAGAAACAUAAGUUAAAAACUGUGUUAAGUAAAUCAAAUCAAUGUGUCUGUCUUACAACUGAUUGUUGGACAUCUGUGCAAAAUUUGAGUUAUCUUUGUCUUACUGCACAUUUCAUUGAUCAUGAUUGGAAAAUCCAUAAAAGGAUUCUUAAUUUUUGUCCAAUUGUAAAUCACAAAGGAGUGACCAUAGGAAAAAAAAUUGAAAAAUGUUUGGAGGAAUGGCUAAUAGGUAAAGUUUUCACCAUUACGGUUGAUAAUGCUAGUUCCAAUGAUGUUGCUAUCACUUACUUGAAAAAUACAAUGGAUGAUUGGAAUUCACAUCCAUUGAAAGGGGAAUAUAUGCAUGUUCGUUGUUGUGCACAUAUUUUGAACCUUGUGGUCCAAGAUGGAUUAAAAGACUAUCAUUCUUCAAUUAGUAAGAUUAGGAAUGCUGUUAGAUAUGUUCGUGUCUCUCUGGGUCGUUUGGAUAGGUUUAAAACUUGUAUUAAGGAAGCUAGGUUACAAGAAAAUUCGAUUGUUCAGUUGGAUGUUUCCACUAGAUGGAACUCCACAUAUAUUAUGCUUGAAAGUGCGUUGAAGUUUCAGAAGGCGUUUAAGAGAUUGAGUGAGAAGUGUGUUGAUUUUGUGUUGAUUCAAGGUGGUAUUCCAAAUAAUGAGGAUUGGGAUAAUGCAAAAUGUUUUGUUAAUUUUUUGAAAAUAUUUUUUGAUAUCACAAAGAAGGUUUCAGGUUCUACUUUUGUAACCUCUUCUCAAUAUUUCAAUGAACACAUUAUGAUCUUGACUACAUUCAAGGGGUGGAUAGGAUUAACAAGUUCAGACAACUUGCUUGGAAAGAUGGCUGAAAAUAUGAAAGCUAAAUAUGAGAACUAUUGGGGUGAUGUUAAAAAAAUGAACAUUCUGCUCUUUGUUGCUGUUGUGCUUGAUCCUCGACAUAAGAUGCAGUUUGUUAGGUGGGGCUUGAACAAGGUAUAUGAGAAGAAUGUUGCUGAAUCUUUGUAUAAGAAAACAGAGGAGACAUUAUACAAAAUAUUUGAUAGUUAUAGGAUUUUUGUUGGUCAAGGUCAAUCUGAAGUUCCUACACAUUCCUCUCAUGAAGUAGAAUUGGUAGAACUUAAAGCACCAGAGGAUGCAUUUGCUUUGGAAGUUGAGAUGGACAUGAAUCUAAAUGAGAGCAUGCAGAAAAAUGAGGUGGAUUUGUAUCUCAUGGAGAAAUUCGAGAAGAAAAGUCCUGGUUUUGAUAUCUUGAAUUGGUGGAAGGUGAAUUCCAACAAGUAUCCUAUUCUUGGUCAAAUAGCUAGAGAUGUAUUGGCAAUGCAUGUGUCAACUGUUGCUUCGGAGUCCGCUUUCUCUACCGGAGGUAGAGUGCUUACUUGUUAUAGAAGCUCUCUUACACCAAAGACAUUUAAGGCAUUAAUUUGCACACAAAAUUGGUCUAAAGCAUCCCUAGUGUCAGUUGAUAUUGAAGAGCUUGUGGAUGAAUUAGAAAAUCUGGAAUUAGAACUUGUUCCAAUUCCACAAUUGAAUGAAGAUGUAUCUGAUAUUGAUUCUGAUUAG